GUCCCUUGGAAAUUCUCCACUUUCCUGCCUUUCCUCUUUCACCUUUUAGAUAGGUAGAUAUAUACACACAAUUAUUUAUGACUUUCUUUUCAGGAUAUUAAUUUUCCGAAAGCAGUUUAUGAGAAGAAAAAAUCCCAGCUGUUCUGUGACCCAUCCCACAGGACAGUUGAUAAUUGCCCUGGGAAGUUAGGGGAAAAGUCUAGCUGAGCAGUUUUCUGUGGCUGGUAGAUCUCAUCAUAAACCCAGCUGCAGCUUAUUUGCAGGAGCUACCUUAAGUAUGAAUCUUUGUGACAAGGGAGAAGGACAUGAACUGUCUGGUUUACCUUCAUUCCAUCAGCUGAAGGCACCCCUGUCAGAACAAAGCACUGAAGAAAAAUGCGUCAGGGUCAAACGCCGCCGAACGAGACGGGAACGCAACUACAUAAAAUUUGGCAGGAAGGCUACUGGCAGAAUUCCAGAACAAAGACCCAACUGUAGGGGCCUACAGAAGAUGCUGCCCCCUUUCUGGAGCUCCCAGCUUAGCAACUGUGCUAAAUCAACUCCCAUCAAAGGGGCCCAUCUUGCAAAACCUGUGAUCAUAACCCAGAACAGACUCACACAGCAUCUGGGCAUCUUUAACAGAGAGGUGAAAUCUGCUGAUAUUGAGAGACUAUUGAGUCCCAGGGCUGAGCACGAUGUAAUGGAGGUAACUCCAAUACAGAGAGCCAGUGGAGGGCUUUGGGGAGAAGAAAUACAGUCCUGUAGCUCUCUUGAUACAAACCAGAAAUCUAUUCCUAGAGAGCAGGCUGAAUGCACUUUAAAGGAUUCAAGCACAGUGCAUGAGGAUUCUCAUUUUACUGUAAUGCCAGCUGCCCCUGUAUCAGUCAGAGAACAUCAUCCUCUAGCUGCUCUGCAGGAAGGGGAUGCAGGCUACAGACCUUCAUCGGCACCUGCAGCUGUGACGUUUGAUCAACCGGCUAUAGAGGCUGAAGCUUUCCAAAGCAAUACCACAGUGACUCUGAAUGACAAGGAAAAUGUACCCCCAGUCCCUGAAGAAGGAGUUGAGUUGAGGAAAAAUAAGUAUCUGGUAAGGGAACUUGCUCAGGACUUAGAAAAACUCUUGGACCUCAAGGCAAUAUUCCCUGGGCGUGAUUUAAUCAAUGAAAUGCGCCAGACUGUUAUCAAUGCCCUGUUGCAGCAAAAUAAAACCUUACCAGAUUUUUCUGCUUUGACAUUACUCAGGAAAGAAGCAGAUAGUUUUAACAUGGAUGCCUUCCAUGCAGAUUUCAAGAACCCAGAUAACAGAGGCCAGAAAAAGUGGCAUUUGGAGCUGAAAUCUAGCAACUGCAGCAGCAGGAACUCCGAGCAGAGUGUUUCUCUGAAAAAGCAAAGAGAACAAGAACAAUGUUUCCUCACCUGCUUCUCUCACGGUCCUAUGGGAAACCGAGGCUGUACUGCCAGAAAGUCUCUGCAGAACAAGGGAGAAGCUCACACAAUUACCAGUUUUGGGGGCUGGCUGAGGCCUCUGAAAAAGCGCAAGGCACUACAGAAAAAGGAUCUUCCAGGCCUGGAAGCCAGGUUUGCGAUCUAG